CGGAAAGACACUGAAUGCACCAUGGAAGGCUGUGGUCAAAUUCUCCUUUGCACAACCGUUCUCCUUACAGCGAAAACGAUCCCUAGAAGAGGGCCCGUUCCCAUGACCUGUGGUUCUGGCUGACGUCGUUGGAUGUCUUUCGAGGGCCCCUUUUUGGGCUCCAACAUUCCCAUUCACUUCCAGAGAAAACGGUUCUGUACUAUACCAUUCAAAGCUGCGGAUUUGCCAUUGCCUCCCAAAUCGGUGACCUGUAUGAGAGAAGGCAAUGGCCUAUUUCUCGUCCCCUCUGAAAGAGAGGACAUCAGGGUCACGACAAAUGAAGUCCUUGAUACCUGCGGGACGAUCGCCGCCGUCCAUGCGAAAGAUACCUCCUAAACUUCUGUCGCCACAGUCGCCCUCGAGUGAUAAUGUCUUCAGUAUCCGCAGCUCAUGCGACCUUGCAGGCUUUUGAAAAGCGAGAUAAAAGAGAAGGAAGCGUCCCAAAAAAGAGUGGUGGGCGAAGAGCGAACGAGAAUUUCGAGAAGCGCAAACGCAGUCUCCUUAGAAAAUGCAAUGAGACUGUUGAAUUAUAUGACGCAGAUCUAUAUAUCGCUGUUCGCCGGAAGGGGAAGUGUACGGUGUAUUCAAGUUGUUUCGUUUCCAGUUGGCCUCCUCGUCAAGAAGAUAUGGAAACUUACUAUCCAGUCCCUAUUGUGAUGACUCCGGAAGAUUUUCGAAGAGAGACUACGGAC